AUGUCGGAAAGCGUCUGGUUCCGUCUAGAUAUUCCACAACUGUCGUGCUCGAGUGGAAGGCAGAUUUUCGUGACGAAAGAGAUGGACACACGUAGCAAAAUAUGCAUGCGCACUAUUGGUUCUGGGCGUCCUCUGUGGCGCGUUGACUCGAGCGCCGCCGGGAUUGCGAUUGAAUGUGCUGCUUUCGAUACUGCACGACCUACCACAGGGAGAUGCUCCUGGCAGUGGACGAGCGACAUUCUAUGGCAAUAUCCCGCCGAACUUCAGCUUGUCUUGAAAAGGGUAAAGGUGAAGCCUUCGGUACACCCCAGGCUCUGA